AUCAGGGGCGAUAAAUCUAUGCGGGUGAAUUUCAUAAUGGCUGAGGGGAAUGCUUCUAAAGGGCAUCAGAAAUUACAAUCGGUGUUUGGUGAUGUUACGAAUCAGCCUGGCAAGAGGAGAUCUUCAGAGAAAGAAAAAUACGGGAUUAAGAGUAAUAAUUUCAAAAAUGAAGAUCGGGUUAAACAGGCACGGGUUAUACCUCGUCCAGUCGUCCUUGAUUAUGCUGUUUCCAAGAGUGUUAUUCAAGUGGAUGCAAUUGAUAAUGACAUUUCAGAUUGCUGCAACGAGAUUGAUACUUUUAAGGACAGUGCUAGUUCAGGGAUAGGCAAAAUGAGGAGUGAAAAUAAAAUGGACCCUAUUCUGAUAGAUCUUGGUAGGAGCAGAGCUGUGAAUCAUGCUGAAAUUGUAGCUGAUGUUUAUAAUGAGAUAGAUUCAUCAAAGGAGAAUGUGAUUUCAGGGACUCCAGUUCCUGGCAGGAGCAGAGUGGCUGAGGUUAUUGUGAGUGAUGCGGCUAAUGACGAGUUAGUCAACACUUUUGUUACUAAAAUAUUGGUGCAAACUAGUGAAACUGGUGGUAAUAGUGGUUGUGAUGGAAAUAAUUGCAAUGGUUAUGAAGACAAAGUCACUUCUGAAGGCACUCAAAGUGAAUCUGAUCAUCAAAACUAUGGGGAUGAUAAUAACGUUGACAGUUUCACCUUGAGCCAGUCUGGCUCUAUUGAUUGCCGUGAAUUUAUUGUGCUAUCAGCUGCUUAUAUAUGGUUGGAUCUCCACUACCAGGACAAGAAGGCUCGAAUAUCUGGUGGGCUUAUACAUACUUCAUUAAAGAAGAGCCAAAAAGAAGCAUGCAUUAUGAUUGCAAGAAGUUGCUGGAGUAAGGCAACUGAGAAACAUGGUCUGGGAAACUCGACUAGAGUUUCAAAAUUAGAAUAUGAUCUGAUGCAUCAAUGGAG